AGGGGGUGGCCCCGCGGGGCUCAGGCGCCGCCCUGGGUCAGUCUCCGGACGCUCGGAGUCGGAGUCAGAGACGGCACAGACCAGCGCAAUCCGACUGUCCUGAGUCACCUGCGGGAAGACUUGCCAUAGAUCGGGGCGGACAGGAAUCAUUCUCAGGGCAGAGGAAGCAGCCAAAGUCGCAGACUCAGGAAUCUUCAGACCUUACCGGAUGGAUGAUCUCUGUGAAGGAAAUGGCACCUUUGCCAUCAGCUUAUUAAAAAUGCUGGGUGAAGAAGACAACUCACAAAAUGUGUUCAUAUGCCCACUAAGCAUCUCCUCCUCCCUGGCCAUGGUCUUCCUGGGGGCAAAAGGAAACACUGCUGCCCAGAUGUCCCAGGCACUUUGUUUGAACAGAGAUGGAGAUGUUCAUGAAGGUUUCCAGUCUCUUCUCACUGAAGUUAACAAAGUUGGCACUAAGUACCAACUGAGAACGGCCAGCAGACUCUUUGGAGAAGAAACAUGUGAUUUCCUCCCAACUUUUAAGGAAUCCUGUAAGAAGUUCUAUCAGGCAGAGAUGGAGGAGCUGUCCUUUGCUAAAGAUGCUGAAGAGUGCAGGAAACACAUCAACGACUGGGUGACAGAAGAGACUGAAGGUAAGAUUUCAGAAAUACUGGGUCCUGGGAUAGUUGGCUCCCUGACUAAGCUGGUCCUUGUGAAUGCUGUGUAUUUCAGAGGAAAGUGGAAUGAGCAAUUUGACAAAAAGCACACAAGGGGAAUGCCUUUUAAAACUGGCAAGGAGAAAAAAACUGUGCAGAUGAUGUUCAAGCAUGCGCAGUUCAACAUGGGCUAUGUGGAAGAGGUGCAUACACAGGUCUUGGAGAUCCCCUACGAAGAGGAGGAGCUGACUAUGGACAUUCUGCUUCCUGAUGACGGCACUGAUCUUGUUGUGGUGGAGAAAGCACUUACAUACGAGAAGUUCACAUCCUGGACAAAUCCAGAAAACAUGAAGAAAAGCAAAGUUCAAGUAUUCCUUCCCAGAUUAAAGCUGGAGGAGAGUUAUGAUUUGGAAGCUUUUCUCCGACGUUCAGGAAUGACCGAUGCUUUUGAGGAGACCAAGGCUGACUUUUCCGGAAUGUCAACUAAAAAGAACGUGCCGCUGUCCAAGGUUGCCCACAAGUGCUUUGUGGAGGUUAAUGAGGAAGGCACAGAGGCGGCUGCGACCACUGCAGUGGUCCGGAAUACCCGCAGUGCCAGGAUAGAACCACAGUUCUGUGCAGACCGCCCUUUCCUUUUCUUCAUCAGACACCACAGCACCAACAGCAUCUUGUUCUGUGGCAGGUUUUCUUCUCCAUGAAGGGGUUCUGUUGCUGCACAAGCCCUUUUUUCCCUUCUGCCUACUUUGCCUUCAUUAAAAUUCUACUAUUUAGGAUACAUAUAUGUGACAAAAUAUAAAACAUUAACAUGUACCACAAAAGUCUGAGCAACAGUUACCCGGAAGGAGGACUGGGGACCCCUCCGAAGUGCAGGAGUGUUCUAGUUCUUAAUCUACAGAGUGAUUCCAUAGGCAGUUGCUUUUUAAUAAUGAAUUGAGCUAUAUAAUUUCUGUUUUAUAAUUUUUCAUGGUUUAUUUCAAAAUGAAAAUGUUAAUAUAAAAAAG